UGCACGCAGCGUCAUGGAUCGCGUCAGUUUCCUCCUGAACGGGGAACCCCGCUCUGUGGGUUGUGAGAUCAGCUCAGACCUGUCUCUGCUGGAGUACCUGCGCGUGCACAAUGAGCUGCGCAGCACCAAGUACAUGUGCCGCGAGGGCGGCUGCGGCGCAUGCGUCGUCGCUGUUGCUAGACCUGGCGAGAGACCACACGCUGUCAACUCUUGUCUUGUAUCCGUGACAUCAUGUCAAGACUGGGAGAUAACCACGAUCGAGGACAUCGGGAACCGUCUGAAGGGCUACCACCCGCUGCAGACGACCCUCGCCAAGCUCAACGGGACACAGUGCGGGUACUGCUCGCCUGGUUGGGUCAUGGCUAUGUAUGGUCUCCUGCAGAGUAAAGAGAAGCUAACAAUGCUGGAGAUAGAGCAGUCUUUAGGCAGCAACAUCUGCCGAUGUACCGGCUACCGACCCAUCCUGGAGGCUUUCAAGAAAUUCGCCAGCGACGCGCCAAAAGAGGACAUACUUGAUAUAGAAGAACUUACUAUUUGUAAGAAGAAUGGUGAAACUUGUCGUAAGAGCAAGUGCAGCGAAAGUGACUGGUGCCUAGUCGAGGCAGAAGACCUCAAGCUACCCGAGAGGAUAGAGAUUCAGCUGAGAGACGGCAAGUUCUGGUUCAGGGUGCAGUCCGUUGCUGAUGUAUUUGAAGUGCUGCGGAAGAAAGGAGAGGAUAGCUACAUGUUCGUUGCUGGAAAUACUGCUAAGGGAGUGUACCCCAUCGACGAAUACCCCCGACUCCUCAUUGAUAUCAGCAACGUCCAGGAGCUCAAAGGCUACCAUUUCGACCAAAACCUGGUGCUUGGUGCUGGUAACACCCUGACUGAGACUAUGGAUAUAUUCCAGGAACUAGCAAAUUCUGCGGACUCCUUCUGGUACCUAGAGAAGUUGAGAGAGCAUAUGUUGUUGGUUGCGCAUAUUCCUGUUAGAAAUCUGGGGACCAUCGCCGGCAAUUUGAUGAUCAAACAUCAACACAAUGAGUUCCAGUCGGAUAUAUUCCUUCUGCUUGAAACUGUUGGAGCAUACCUUACUAUAGUGGACCAUUACGGAGUGCACAUAGCAGUGACGCCUGAAGAGUUUCUCCGAGUGAACAUGAGGGGUAAAAUCAUCUUGAACGUCUUGCUCCCGCCUCUGAGUCGAUCUUACAAAUUCGUCUCAUUUAAGAUAAUGCCUCGCGCUCAAAACGCUCACGCCAUAGUCAACGCCGCUUUCCUGUACAAGUUCUGCGCUCCACAAGACCACGUGUGUCUAGCUCGCAUGGUCUUCGGUGGACUUUCUCCACACUUCGUCCACGCUAAGAAUACUGAGAGGUUUCUUCUUGGAAGACUGCUGUUCUCCAACGACACCCUACAGAGCGCCAUCAAAGUCCUCACGCAGGAGCUGGCGGUAGAAGACAACCCUCCCGAACCUUCUGCCAAAUAUAGGAGGGAUCUUGCUGUCAAUUUGUUUUAUAAGGGUCUUCUGUCACUAAGCCCCGGUAACAUCGUGUCUCCUAAGUACGCAUCUGGUGGGAUCGUCCUAAGCAAGACUCGCCCCGUCUCCGACGGCAAGCAGAUCUUCACCACUAACCCUAUGCUGUGGCCGCUUAAUCAGCCCAUUGAGAAAGUUGAGGCACUUAUCCAGUGCUCCGGUGAAGCUCCCUAUACGGAAGACCUACCGGGCCUCCCGCGCGAAGUAUUUGGUGAAUUUGUUCUGGCUAAAGUACCAGUUGGUGAGAUCGAUCACAUUGAUGCCAGUGAAGCUCUGCAUCACCCAGGCGUAGUAGCUUUCUACUCAGCAAAAGAUAUUCCAGGAGUCAACUCCUUCACCCCAGGAGACAACCCUUUCUUCCUUGCCCAAGAAGAGUUAUUCUGCUCUGGUCCCGUCAAAUACAACGGCCAAGUUAUUGGAAUCCUAGUUGCUGAGACCCGAUCUAUUGCAGAGUACGCCGCCAAACUUGUUAAAGUUAGCUACAAGAAUGUUAAAAAACCGGUGAUUGAUAUAAAAGUGGCGAAAAAAGAUACAAACAGGACUAAAUUGGGACAAGCAGUCCCAGCUACUAGUAGAGGAUCAGAUGUUACUAAAGUAAUAAAGGGUGAAGAGACGAUAUACCAACAGACGCAUUUUUGUAUGGAAGUGCUAGUGAGUGUGGCGAAACCAACUGAGGAAGGUUUGGAAGUUCAUUGCACUACGCAGCAUAUGGACGGGGUGCAGUAUAUGAUAUCGCGGGCUCUCAAGAUGCCGGAAAAUAAAAUAGAUAUACACGUGCGUCGCUUAGGUGGAGCAUACGGGAUAAAGAUCUCCCGAGGAAACCAAGCAGCUGUGGCCAGCGCUCUGGUCACCCACAAGCUGAACCGUCCUUGCCGGAUCAUAUUAUCCCUCAAGACGCAGAGUCAUGCUGUGGGGAAGCGACUGCCAUGCUCCACUGAAUAUGAGGUUGCAGUAGACGCUACAGGCAGAAUCCAAUACUGCAAUGAGAACCUUUACAUGGACCACGGCUACAUUGUUGACGAGCCACUGUUUCUGGCGACCUUGGACGUCUUCAACAACUGCUAUGAAAAGGCGCGCUUCGACUAUAAAGUGUUUAAUGUCACGACGGACACUGCGAGUAACACGUGGUGUCGGUCACCAGGAACUCUGGAAGCUAUAGCGUCAGCAGAAUUCAUCUUGGAGCGCAUCGCAUACGAGUUAUCACAAGACCCUAUAGAAGUUAGAUUGCGGAACUUAGAUCCUGCUUAUAUAGAGCUGAGAGAACAAGUAGACAGAAUUAAAUUGGAAGGACAAUAUGAUGAAAGAAGAGCGUUUGUUGAUAAGUUUAACAGUCAGAACAGGUGGAAGAAGAGGGGCUUGAGAACUUCCUUUCUACGAUGGCAGCCUUUUGGUGGACAAUAUUUUGAUAUAACAUUAUCAGUUUACCAUGACGAUGGAAGUGUAAUGAUAACUCAUGGAGGAAUAGAAAUGGGUCAAGGUCUGAAUACAAAAGCUGUUCAAAUCGCUGCGUAUUUUCUAGGAAUAUCAAUAGAUAAAAUCCAGAUUAAGGGGAAUAAUACUAUAAUAAAUCCAAAUGGGUUUAUUUCUGGCGGAAGUCUGACGUCGAUAAAUAUUGGGAUCGGUGUUCAGCGGUGUUGUGAAGAGCUGUUGAUCCGGUUAGCGCCUAUAAGGAAAGAUAAUCCAAGAGCGACUUGGGAAGCGUUAACGAAUGCAGCAUUUAACGCUAACGUGGACCUGCAGACUCACGGGUUCGUGACGAUGGCUGACACGCAGAAAGUGGACGUGUAUGGGGUGACGCUGGCUGAGGUGGAGGUGGACGUGCUGACGGGAGAGUGGGAGGUGAUACGCGUCGACGUGUUGGAAGACGCUGGACAGAGCGUCAGCCCUGAGAUAGAUAUUGGACAAGUGGAAGGUGCCUUCAUCAUGGGCCUAGGCUACUGGACGUGCGAGCAGCUGGUCAUCGAUCCUCGUACCGGCGAACUUCUAACGGAUCGCACCUGGAACUACCACGUGCCGCAGGCCAGAGACAUCCCGCAGGACUUCAGGGUGUACUUCCGGAACAAGUCGUAUUCUGAGCCUAGAAUUCUUGGCGCCAAAUCCAUCGGUGAACCUCCAAUUUGUAUGUCAGUAGCGGUUGCUUUCGCACUCCGAGAAGCCAUUGUGGCUGCCAGGAGCGACGCUGGGAAACCCGCCAACCAAUGGAUCAAAAUAGAUGGUCCAUACACUCGGGAGAAAAUACAGCAGAACACGGCCACCAUGUUCAGUGACUUGAAAUUUUUUUGAAGCGAUUAAUCCAGUGAAUAAUUUGUAAUAAUAUUUUUUGAACAUGACAAUGAUUGAGUAUUAAUAUUGCAAGUUUUCCAGUAAAAUAUAUCUGUUACCAGCCGGCGUCGCCGAAUGGCAAUCGUCGACGCUAGACGCCGACAGAAAUGCAGUCUGGCUCUGUCGCGCCAAUACGCAAGAGCGAUAGAGAUAGAUACCUACGAAACAAAAUUAAAUAUUAUUGUGAGCAUUUGUGCAUUUGGCUACGUACCCAGUUUUUAUUUAAUUUUUACCUUCUUGUAAAGGAUUAAAUUUUGCUUCAAAC